AUGACACAUGGAUGUCAACAACAACAGGAUAUACCAUUGCACGUUGCCAUGAUAACGCACAUUCUAAUAGCCUGGGACCGUAUGCGUUGGCUUGGCAAUCCUUUGAAGGGACGUUUUCCAGCAUUUGUCUGUUGCUGUGCCACCUGGCUGACGGGCAUGGUGAUUGCCCUGCCAUAUCCCAUCUAUACCAUUUAUGUGGAAAUUGGAGAAUUUGUACCCCGCCUCCAUGGCAUCGGUUUGUGUGUGGUUAAUUUAAUGGAUGACAUGCACGAAUAUGUUCGUGGAUUGUUUUUUAUGAUGUAUUGUGCACCCACGGUCUUGUUGUCAUACCUCUACAUCAGAACUUCGCAGGAACUGAGGCCACCAGAGGAACCAUUGGCUGUGAUGUUGUAUGAGCAUAGGGCGGACAUAAGAAUGCGACAACGCAAUUCCUCGGCCUCCUCGGUGGAACGUUCCUAUAGCGGAGCAACAACUGCCACCAUAGGUGGUGGGGCAAAUGGUUUGAAUGGCAACAGCCAUCACAGCACUGUCUUUACCGGUCCCUAUUCCACCGGCACCGCCACUCGUUCCUAUGACCUCUACAGUGCCGAGUGGGAUGUCAAUCGAGAAAAACGUAAUCAGCGGAAUUUCGGUAGCAUGGCCGCCACUCAGGUGGUGUGUCUGUGUCCAUUGAUGAUUUUGCGUUUUGCCCGCCUCUCCAUGGAGGAGACAUACGAAAAUCAAAAACACUUUGACUUUACCUACCUGAUGUUUGUGUGGAUUGCCUUCCUGCCUACGGUCAUCUUUCCCUGCAUCUAUGCCACCCAGAUAUUGCCCAGGGAUGAACAAGAACGUUUACGUGGCUACUUCCGUCUAUCAUCGAAACGCUUGCCCAACAAGUCCAAUAUAAAAAGAUCAAAUGGUUGUCUGGAGCAUGGCUGCUCGGGUGGCAAUGGAGGACGCGGCCGUGGCAGCGGUGCAACUGGAGGCCGUUGUAGCGAUGGCAAUACACCCAGCUCGCGAGAGAAUUCCAUUGAAAAGGAUGAGAAUACCAACACCACCCAGGCAACCACAUCCAUCAUACUGAAUGGUGAUGGUUAUAUGAGUGGUUUGUGUGGUACAGCAAGUCCAGCUGGGGCCAUCAUUGGCCCUGGUGGAGUUGGUGAUGGCAGGGAAGGAAUGACGGCCAUGGAAAAGCAUGACAGCACUAAGAGUGCGGCCUCAGCCAAAUAUCAACAACCAACGCUGGGCAAAGAGCCGAAUAUGCGCACGGCCCCACCACGCCAAUAUGGCAAAGAGGGAAAAUCCCUGGCCAAGCGUAACGAGGGCACAUUAGCUAAUGGCACUUCGCUUCACGAGGGCAAGAAGUACAAACGCUCAAAGGAUGCUGCCGCUGCCGCCGCGGUGGGUAAUACAGAUGUGCGCAUAAAUAUCAUAUCGGAUGGCAAAACAAAAUCCUCCUCCCUGGCUUCUUCUACGGCUAGUAGGCGUGGAGUGGCUGGUGCUGCCACUAAUGCUCCUCCGCCUGGCUUAGUGGGUCAACGCAAAUUAACUCUGGAAUCCUUGGACAAUCGUUCGUGCUCAAACCUUACCGCUUCGACAUAUUGCAAUGGCAACAGCAGUCUGGGCGAUGAUGGCGAUGUCAGUAAUUUCGGCGAUGGCGAGGACUCCUCCAUUGUCAGUGGCAUGAUUGUUCAAGGCUGUUCGAAUGGCAGCAGCAAUGGCCUGCCACCCUACUAUGAGAAGAAACCCAGCGGCAUGAGCCUCUACUCGUCCACAACGCGCACACGGGACAUGUCCUUUGACGAUUGCAGCUCAACCUUCUCACGCAUGGACUCCUCCAGUACUUUGGCACGUGAAAUGGAAAUCAUUGACAUACUGGAGCGCGAACGUUCCAACAUUGAUAUGCAGGAAUUGUUGCAGAGGGAGAGCAACAAUGAGGCACAUAAACGUCGUGACGGUGUUGUGGGGGAGAGGCGACGCCUGCCGGACAUCGAUAAGAUAUGCCUGAGAUCGCCCAAGGGGAAACGUGAUUCGUAUUCCUAUGAGAAAUCCAACAACACUUCCAUCACCUCACUGUCGGCCAAGGUGCCCACCGCCACGGACCCCCUAAGGUCCAGCGAGGGCUACAGCAUGUCCUCGGGCCUCAACGAGGAGGACGAGGAGGCCUCGGCCCACAUACUACCCUAUGAUGAGGAGAACAUACGCUCCACCAAAUCCUCCCAAAGAUGCAGCAUGGACGAGGAGGUGCCCUCGGACUUUUUCGAUAGCUACACUCCGGGCGAUACCACCGCUAUUUUGCCCUCCUCAGCGCCCGCUGUCAGCGGAGCGGUACAAUAUCAGUAUUCGCGUCGUUUAAGCCGCAAAUCCUCCUCACAUCACAAUCCGGGAGCGGCAAGUUCUCAUCGCAUGUCCAAACGUGAUAGCUUCAAUUCCUUGCACAGCAAUGACCUAAUUGCCGGCGCCUUUGGGGAGCUGGAUCCCACACAACCGUUGACCAAAAUGUCUGUGAUUGAAAAUCGUAUGGUGCGCAGGAGUGGCAGUGGGCGAACUUCGUCGUUCUCCUCAUCGGCGAGAAGUUCCAUGAAAUCACGUGACUACAGUCACGGCUCAACACAUUCCACACAUCCAGAGUUGGAUUUUAGGGAAAAUUUCUUGGCCGAUUUGUAAAGAGAGUGAGAGAGAGAGAGAGAAAGAGAGGAUGCAGUAAGAGACAACCAACAGGGGAACAUUAGAUGCUAGU